AUAUAAAAACUACAUGAUGUUUUUAACUAGUAAUCUGAAAAGUGGAGAAGAAACGAAGAAGAAGCUAGGAACUGCAUGCUGUUUUUAACUUGUAAUCUGAAGUCAAACAAAAAGCCUUAGAAACUACAUGCCGUUUCUCACUUGUCGUAGACCAACGGAUGAAGUUCACGUGCUCCACCCAAAAACCAGUCAUCAUCAUCAACCGUACAAGAAACAGAGAGAUCUUCGACUUUGUGUUCUGUUGUCGUCUUCUUCUCCCUUUCUUUCCAUUCCAACUCACUAAACUAACUUCAGUUUUCACAGAUCAACACUUCCUCCGUCCAAGUAUAUCCCUGUGGACCCUGUCUGAAGCUUCCUAUUCUUCCAUCCAAUGGAAGGGAACCUUUUACGUGGAGAAGAUGUAGUAGAGAAUACAAUCACAGAAGAAGCUUCUUCAGUUGUGGAGCCUUUCAUUGGAAUGGAGUUUGAAUCAGAAGAAGCAACAAAGUCUUUCUACGACAGUUACGCCACACGCACCGGUUUCGUUAUGAGAGUGGAUGCUUUCAGGAAGUCAAUGCGAGACGGGACCGUGGUGUGGCGAAGGCUCGUGUGUAAUAAAGAAGGGUUCCGUAGGUCAAUACCUAGGAGAAGCGAGAGCAGGAAGCCUCGUGCUAUAACAAGAGAAGGGUGUAAGGCUUUGAUUGUGGUGAAGAAAGACAAGUCCGGAAAAUGGAUCGUCACUAAGUUUGUGAAAGAACAUAAUCAUCCUCUCUUGUCUCUACUUGCUAAUGCUCGCCGGAGUUCACAUAUCUCUCAAUCACCGGACGAGAAAGACGCAAAGAUUAGGGAGCUUAGCACAGAGCUGAGCCGAGAGAGAAAGCGUUGUGCUACAUUGCAACAGCAACUUGAUAUGGUCCUAAAGGUCAUGGAAGAACACUCUAAUCAUCUUUCUGUACACAUCAAUAACGUUAUCCAAAGUGUAAGAGAAAUAGAGUCGAACACUUUCCCCAAACCCCUCAGCUAAAUAAAACAACAAACACAUAUCUUAA